UUCAUUUUGGGAAGCGAACACACACACAUGCACAACACACAUACAACGGCGGUCGUCAUCUUGUCCUGCAUCGGUUCCCCGUGGAAAGCUGCACCAGACUUGACUUGACGCUUUAUUGUACUUUACAAAACGCGCGAGUGGAAGAAGGAACAAAUACAAGAAGAAGCGCACAGGUGGAGCUCUGCGGAGCGUCUUUUUUUAAAAAUCUAGUGACAUCCUCAAGAAGCAGGAGGCUACUGGGACAAGAAGACAAUGACAGACAGCAUCCUUGUCACUGUUGGGUAACCCUGCAGUGUUUGAGUCGUUUGUGUUUUGGGGUUGCUUUUUUGGCACGUUCACUCCACGCGCGACCCUCAAGGAACACCUGGAAUGGAAAAACUUUAUCUGCCUCGUCCGGACUGUAGUAAAAACUCCCAAGAAAGAAUGAAGUAACCGCAAUGGAGCCGGACAAUGCCCCGUACUCCAAACUCAAAAGCACUGGAGUCGGGGGGAGAGUUCUCAUUCUUUGGACGAUACUCUGUUGCACCUGCUCUCUGAGGCUAGCACAAGCACAAGAUGUGGAUGUCCUGCAGCAGCUCGGGCUUUCUGGGAGAAGAUCAGGCGGAUCAUCAUCUUCAGGCGCUCGAUCCGUCCCUAAUGGCAUCAUCCCCUUCAAGUCUGGAGUUAUCCUCACCCCGAGGGCACGUAUCCAGGUGCCUCUGCGCACCGUUAUCCCUGCUGCGUACAGCUCCACUAAUCUCUCCCUGAUACUCAGCCUGUCUGUUCACCGCAUCAACAGCGCUUUUCUUUUCUCAGUGCUGUCUAAGAAAAGGAAAGUGCAGCUCGGAGUGCAGUUUGUACCGGGGAAGGUCCUGGUACAUGUGGGGCAGAGGAGCUCUGUGAGUUUCGACUAUGAUGUCCACGAUGGCCAGUGGCACAGUCUGGCUUUGGAUAUCCAAGGCCACCGGGUGUUUUUACACACUUCUUGUGGAAAGACGAGUGUACAUGCAGAUUUGCAUUUGAAGAAAGAGGAGGCUCUGGAUGCAGAGGGCUCCUUCCUGCUGGGCAAAAUGAACCAUAACUCGGUGCCGUUUGAAGGUGCCAUCUGUCAGUUUGACAUUUAUCCCUCUGCUAAGGCAGCUCAUAACUAUUGUGAUUACAUUAAGAAACAGUGCAGAGAAGCCGACACGUAUCGGCCCGUGUUUCCCGCCCUGCUACCUCUAUAUCCCGUAGAUCCAAACAUCACUGUCACUCAUGUAACUCCACUGUCAUUGACGGAGAUAUCCAAAAAGGCCCAGAGACCUACUUUGGCCUUGACUGAGGAAAACACCAGGACUACGAUUCUUGUUCCAACUGACAGCUCGCUGAUGCUGAACAGAACAUCUGUGUAUCAGACUGUGAGCACUCCAAAACCUGGUGCUGUGUCUGUUUCUCCAUCGGUUCAUCCAGGGUUGGAAAGCUCGUUUAAUUUUCCGACUCAAACUGCUACUACAUCUCUUAGGAUCAGCGUGACGCCACCAAACUCCAAACCAACUUCACAUGGCAGUGCAGGAGAGAACACAAACCAAGGAGAUACUACUUCUCAGCAAUCUUUUGGCGAAAGAAUGGAUUUACCUGCUUCCACCCGACCACCUGGGACGAAGCCAAGCCUCCACACCACAGCUGCUUUCACGCAGGGGUCUCCUUCAAACGCCUACCUUCCCCAGAAAACGCAGUUGACCACAGUAGCUCCAAAGAAACCUGAGCCAAAAAUGACCAGUGUGCAGGAUGUCAAACCCACCUCGCUUAUUCCAGUCACUCCAGCUGCAACAGAUGGCUUCCAAACAUUUGACCUGGAACCGACCCAGUUCUCACUGCUGGCUGGACCACCUGGACUAAAGGGAGAACCAGGACUGCCGGGCCCUGAAGGACUUCCAGGUUUGCCAGGAAAGCCAGGGAAGAGAGGUCCAAGGGGUCCUCCUGGCCCACAUGGAAACCCUGGUCGGCCCGGACCUCCUGGAGUGAAGGGACAAAAAGGAGAUUAUGGACUGUCACCUGGUCAAGCCCCAAAAGGACCAAAAGGAGAGCCUGGUGUUAUGGGCCCCCCUGGACUGCAUGGACAAGCUGGACGAAAGGGACAAAAAGGUCAUCCUGGUCCUGCUGGUCUCCCAGGUGAACCUGGUGAACGGGGAGAUGAUGGAAGCCCUGGGGCCAAAGGCUAUCCUGGCAGGCAGGGUUUACCGGGGCCUGUAGGGAAAAUGGGGCCAAAAGGAGUCAGGGGUCACAUUGGCAUCCCUGGGCUUUUUGGCUUUCCUGGUCCUGAUGGCGAGAGAGGAAUUCCUGGCGUUCAUGGGAAGAAGGGCAAGAUGGGUAGGCCGGGGUUUCCUGGUGACUUUGGUGAGAGGGGACCUCCUGGCCCUGAUGGGAACCCAGGUGAACUGGGAUCUCCUGGCCCAUAUGGAGUCCCUGGUCUUAUUGGAGACAUGGGCCCUGUUGGCGUUAUGGGCUUACCAGGACCUCCAGGGCUCAAGGGUGUACCUGGAAACCCGGGGGAACCAGGACUGAAAGGUGAUAAGGGGGAUGUUGGCUUACCAGGAGAGUCAGGGGAGAGUGGAUUCCAAGGGGACAAGGGUAUUCGUGGCUUACCUGGGUUGCCGGGUCCUUGUGGAAAACAUGGACCACAGGGCAAACCUGGUGAAAAGGGCCCUGAUGGUUUACCUGGACCUCCUGGCCCAGAGGGUUUUCCAGGUGACAUUGGCCCACCAGGACAGAACGGCCCCGAAGGACCCAAGGGAAAGCAAGGGAUUAGAGGUUUGCCAGGUCCGAGAGGAACACUUGGACUCCAGGGUGAUGAGGGACCCAUUGGGCCUGUGGGACCCGCUGGACUCGAGGGCAGGCCUGGGAGGCAGGGAUUCCCUGGACUGACAGGCCCAGAUGGACUCAAGGGCGAGACCGGGAUAACUGGCGAGGUCGGAAAGCUUGGCGAGAGGGGACUGCCUGGCUUUGUCGGUCCUGUCGGCGAGACUGGCAUUGCAGGAGAAAAGGGGGAUCGAGGCAAAAUGGGCGCCCCCGGGCCGCCAGGUGAAAUGGGGCCGAUGGGUCACACUGGAAUACCUGGAGUUACGGGGCCACCUGGACCGCAAGGGAUCCCAGGGCCUCCUGGUUCUCGGGGAUCCAUUGGCAUCAGAGGACCGAAAGGCAGAAGGGGUCUGAGGGGUCCUGAUGGCCCAGUGGGGGAGAAAGGGUCCGCUGGAGUUACGGGCCCUGAUGGUCCACCAGGAAAAUUAGGCCUCCCCGGGGAGACGGGAAAGCUUGGCGAGCCAGGUGAAGCUGGGCCUAAGGGAUUUCCAGGUGUUCAAGGACCCUCGGGACCUCCAGGGGCCAAAGGAAUUGAAGGAGAGCCAGGACCAGCAGGGCCACCGGGAAUGAUUGGGCCACUGGGGGAGAUGGGGCCAAGGGGGCCGCCGGGGAAGGCUGGAGAGCGGGGACUGCCCGGUGAACCUGGAGAGAAGGGUGCCAUUGGUCUACCUGGUAACAUCGGGGAGCAGGGUUUGAUUGGCCAGAGAGGUGAGCCAGGCAUUGAUGGGGAGGCUGGACCGAGUGGACCUGAUGGAGCCAAGGGUGACAAGGGGGAUGCUGGUCAGGAAGGAGCGAAAGGAGACAGGGGUGAAAUCGGUCUAAAAGGAAAGGAAGGACCUCCGGGGCAUCCUGGACUGGUGGGUGUAAGGGGUCAAGAGGGUAAACCUGGCAAAAUUGGUGACAGAGGAAAACCAGGAGAAAAGGGGAGCAAGGGUCACCAAGGUCACCUGGGUGAGACUGGGCCAGCCGGUGACCAGGGAGAGGUGGGGUUUGUCGGACAGAAGGGGGCGAGAGGAACCAUCGGGCCAGUGGGUGCUCCGGGGAGAAUGGGCCAACAAGGAGAGCCAGGUGUAUCAGGUUAUCAGGGUCACAUGGGACCGCAGGGCCCCCUGGGACCUCCUGGGCCGAAAGGUGAAAAGGGCGAACAGGGCGACGACGGCAAGGUAGAAGGUCCUCCAGGUCCCCAAGGUGACAGAGGUCCCCCUGGAAACAGAGGAGAGAGAGGAGAGCCAGGCGACCCCGGAUACAUCGGUCAUAUUGGUGUAGAUGGAAAAAGAGGUGAAGCUGGUGCCCCGGGGCUUCCUGGACAUCCUGGACCAAAGGGACAACCAGGAUUGAAAGGAUCCAAAGGUGACCAAGGUAGGAAAGGAAAAUCAGGGGCGAGAGGCACAUCAGGAACCAAAGGACCACCAGGUCCAGAGGGUCAUCUUGGCCCGCGGGGAGUCGUGGGCAGGGAGGGACUUGAGGGCCUGCCUGGCACAGAUGGACUGCCUGGUAAAGAUGGAAGCAAAGGAGUCAAGGGGGAGCAAGGAGAUGAUGGACAAAUGGGCUUACCUGGUAAACCUGGGCAUCCUGGUACAACUGGUGUGAUCGGGCUUCCUGGAAGUCAAGGCUCUAUCGGACCAAAGGGGGAGAGAGGUCUUCCAGGCCAAACGGGUCCAUCAGGAAAAAAAGGCUCAGUUGGCGGGAUGGGAUUGCCGGGGAAACAAGGAGAGCAGGGACCUAAAGGGCAACCAGGGGAUACUGGUGAACAAGGAUUUCCAGGGGUGUUCGGUCUGUUUGGACCAAAGGGACCCCAGGGAGACAUGGGCCCGGCCGGGAUACAGGGACCAAAAGGGCCGCGUGGUUUGUUGGGUAUGGAGGGAGCUUUGGGCCCCGUUGGCAUCAUUGGCCCCAGCGGUCAUCCUGGACCCCAGGGUGACAAAGGAAGUCGGGGGGAGACGGGGUUGCAAGGACCAAGGGGAUUGCCUGGCCCUCGUGGACCACCUGGACCACCAGGUCCUCCCAGUUCUGUCCUCUUACUUAGAAAUGAGGCUCUUGAUGCCACCUUUCAAGACAUCAUUGACUCCCACACUUCACUGAGGCCAGAGCAUAACUAUCAGAGCAUGGACCUGCCCAUGUUGGACCAGAGCGCAGAGAUCUUCAAGACCUUGCAGCAUCUCAACACUAUGAUCCGGAGUCUUAAGAACCCGCUGGGAAAGCGUGACAACCCUGCACGAAUCUGCCGAGACCUCUACAACUGUGAACAGAAGAUGCACGACGGCACUUACUGGAUCGACCCAAACCUCGGCUGCAAUGCUGACACUGUCGAGGUGACGUGUAACUUCACCAGUGGAGGACAGACCUGCUUGAAGCCUAUCACAGUAUCAAAGUUGGAGAUGGGAGUGGGUCGUAUCCAGAUGAACUUUAUCCACCUUUUAAGCACUGAGGCCGUGCAGCACAUCACCAUCCACUGCCUCAACACCCCUGUGUGGGCAGCAGGACCCUCCAUGCAACCUUCAUCCAGGGCUGUGAGCUUCAAAGCCUGGUCAGGGGAGAAGAUUCAGGCAGGUGACCUCCUGGAGCCGCUAAUACCCAGGGACGACUGCUGGAUCAAAGAUGACCGCUGGCAUCAGACCCACUUCAUCUUCCAGACCCAGGACCCAAACUUGCUCCCCAUCGUGGACGUGUACAACCUCCUGACCACAGAACCUGGCGCACGCUAUCACCUGGAGGUCGGACCAGUGUGCUUCUUAUAGGGCCCUGAGGAGGGGCUGGGAAUACUCCUCAAAGGAGUGACUCCAUGGAAGAGAGUGGACGGGGGACACGAAUGCUUCUGUGGUUUCCAGAGCAACUGACCCCCAUUUUCUCUCCAAAAAAUAUGCUCGGACUGCAGAAACAGGAGGGGGCGCCAGCGAGAGAAGGCCCGUUGAAAAUGCAGAGACUUCUAGCACUAAUCAGCCUAUGGAAAACAAUAAUAAGCUCCUUUUUCAGAGACUUGUUUGUGAGAUACAAGACCUGAAUGCCCCUUUUGGAAGGAAGUAAUAUGAACGUCUCGUCUGUCAUCUCUCGGACCAUGUUGUAUCAUAUUUUCUUCACGGUCUGAUAACCUGAUUUUGCAAAAACAUACGUUUUUCAAAAGAGAUCUGUACAGAAAUAUGGAACAGUUACAUCUGCAAAUGCAACAAUUCCUAUUUUAAUGUUUAAGUAUUAUUUAUACAUGUAUAUGUACUGUAUAUUGUAAUAUAAAGUGCAAUAGUUAUUGUUUCACAGGCCUUUAGGCAUAUACAGUAUCAUCAUAUCACUCAUUCAGGUAUUCAGUGUGCUUCAGACACACAGGCGUACUGUCUCCAGGUAAAUCUUUUUGAGCCUCUAAUAACUGUCCAGUGCUGAGAGACGCCGUGUUUAUACAGAUAUCCUUACACAAACAACUGCUGUGUGGUACUAUCCGUGCUAAAAAUGGAUCGAAGCUUUCCACAGUGUGAACCGAGAAAAGUGUGUCAAGAUGCUACCUCGUACUGCGCCUCUCAUCUCGCAGCAAACAAGACGUUACCUGAUAUAAUCUGGGAUGACACGGAGGUGACACCUGGUGCUGCAACGGUUGACACUCUUUAUGAUAAACUCGUGUCAGCUCUCAGCAACGCAACAAUAUGUCUGUGCUUUAUGAAAUAAAGGGAAGAUUGUAAAAUAUACAUGCAGGCCAAACUCAUUAAAUUAUAUUUUCAAGGUAGUAUUUUAACGUUUUCAAUAUUCUUUGUACUGACACUGAGUCUGACAAUAUAAGUUAAGUUUUUGUAUCUGUCAAAAUGUAAAUGUCUAAUUAUGCAACCUUUAUUAUCUACAGUGGAUUCUAUUUAAAUUUUAUUUAAAUUCUGAUUAGCUUUCCAGUUCAAAACCAGGCAUCGGUCAUAUUUUAUCACAUUUUCUGAGUCAUUUGGAGCUUUAAGGAUUCUACAGUCUGUAUGUGUUUUUCUAAUUCAGCUGUCCGAGACAAUCAACUGUAUUUAAGGACAUUACCAUCCUUACUAUUUACUGUUUAUGCAUUUCUCACUCACAGGUGCAGCAUUCACGGUUGGUCCAGCCAAUCCACAAACUCAGAGGAUUUCUUACAAUACACAACACUACACAACACUACCAGGGUACACAAGCUAAUAGUGUUUGGUCUGUACCAACGUUUUAUGCUGCAUGAAUGAAGUCUAAUGACUCGAUAGGUAAUUCAAUAAAAGUCUGAAACCUU